AUGGCUUCCUCUGACUCUUUGAGUAGUCCAUUCCAGACUGCUUUUGAUUUUGUUUCUGUGGAGAUUUUUGUAAUCGACGUGGAAAAGAUUCUCUUGCCCUCUGACAACCAUGAAAGAUGCAAGGAGAUGGGCAUUCUUUCUAAGGCCUGCAUAGAGUGGGGCUUCUUUCAGAUUGUGAACCAUGGAAUUCCACAUUCUUUGGUAGAUCGCAUGAGAGGAGUGACAAAUGAAUUCUUUAGUCUUUCCUUAGAAGAGAAGAAAAAGUAUGCUCCACAAACAGGAGAUUCUCAAGGCUAUGGUAAUAUGUUUGUGGUUGAUGAAGAUCAAAAGUUGGAUUGGGGUGACUCCAUAGCUUUGGCUCUUAUGCCUAAGAAACUUGUCAAGUUAUCUCUAUGGCCAAAAACACCAUCGGAUUACAGAGAAAAGUUUGGAGAAGAUCCAAUGAUGGCAGUAAGGAUGAACUUAUAUCCACCUUGCCCUAGGCCUAAUCUAGUGUUGGGGUUAAGCCCUCAUUCCGAUGGAGCUGCCAUAACACUUUUACUUCAAGAUGAACACAUAGAAGGCCUUCAGGUUCGCAAGAACAACAAAUGGGUUCCUAUUCAACCCAUUCCUUAUGCCCUUGUUGUUAAUAUUGGUGACCUAAUAGAGGUGAUGACAAAUGGAAUCUAUAAGAGUAUAGAACAUCGCGCGGUGACAAACAAAGAGAGCACAAGGUUAUCCAUUGCUAUGUUUUAUUUCCCAGGCUUAGAUGAUGAAGUGGCUCCUGCAAGCAACCUUGUCAAUGAAGAACACCCUUCACUAUAUGGGAAGUUCAAACAAAAAGAAUAUAUGCACUAUUACACAAAUACAAAACUCAAUGGAAAAAAGUCAUUGGCUAACUUCUCCAAAAUAUGUGAAUAUUAUUCAAUAUCACUAGUUAGUGUGGUAAGAAAUAAAUAA